GUUCAAUUUACUUCAAAUCCUUUCACUGAGAGUUUACAAAUACAUAUUUUUCCUAUUUAUUAAUCUUAUCAGGAUAUAACAAGAAGGAAGAGAAGAAAUCCAUCACUUUCAAUCAACAUGUAUUAUUCAGUUUUGUUUCAAGCCAUCCUACUUAUUCACCUAUUUCACAUAUCCGUACAAACUGGUUAUUUACUGAAUUAUGGUUCAGGAGAAAUUGGCUACUGCAAUCAAGAAAUAACAAAACUUAAAAAUGAAAUAACCAAAGAAAGUCUCGAUAAAGUUUGGGAAAUAAACGAAUAUAUCAACUGCAAAAGUAAACGUGAGGCUGCUGAUGCAGCUCUUAUUUCUAUGUCCGCUUUCAUGAAUUAUGCAGAAGCUAUAAAAGCUGAAUAUCGUAAGUGUUCUUAA